AUGGCCACCAAGACUUUGAAGGCUUCGUGCCACUGCAACGGUGUCCAGUUUACUGUCACCAUUCCCAUCGAAUGUUUUCCUUUGAAAGUACACUUGUGCCACUGUAGCCUCUGCCGUUACAGCCACGGCUCACUAUGCAGCUUUCACACACCACUACCACCUGGCGUGGAGCCUCAAUUUAUUGCGCCGUCCAGCCUCGACAAACUGACUGGUUAUCGACACCCAGCGUCAAAAGCGACGAACUAUUUCUGCAGCACUUGUGGCUGCCAGAUUGGGGGAGUUAAUAGCCAAUGGACAAUCUCUACCGCAAUCUUUGACGCCAAUAGAGAAGAUGAAGGAAUUUGGAGGUUCAACGCCCAUAUGCUUCCGAACUCCGCGCCGGAUGGAGGACUAGCAGCUGUGUUUUCGGUCAUCGACGGACAUCAAAUGGAGACAGAAAAUCUAGGCCUAUCUCCACAGGCUAUAGCUGGGAGCGAUUCUCAGCCACCUGAUCCCGAAAGCAAAGAGCUACUCGCGCAGUGUCAUUGCCGUGGAGUCUCUUUCAACAUUGCCAGACCUAGCGAAGAGUUUGUCGCAAGUCCUUCAAGCAAAGGAUGGAUUUCACCCUUGGACAAGAGCAAGUGGCUUGCAUGUAUGGAUCUCUGCGACGACUGUCGAUUGGUCACUGGCACGCACGUCAUCAGUUGGAUGUUUGUAUCACUUGAUCAUAUCACGCCGCGUCUGCCGAAGGACUUGUUGAUCGGGUCAGCGAAGAGCUAUCGCUCCACGAAAGAUGUACUCCGGGUAUUCUGCGGCACAUGUGGUGCAACUGUCUUCUAUCAUUGCAAUGAUCGACCGGAGAUUGUAGAUGUGGCGAUGGGAAUCCUGCGUGCGCCUGAAGGCGCUAUGGCUGAGAACUGGAGCGUGUGGAGAGCGGGGCGACCAUCAUGGCCCGAAAACGGAAUGCGAUAUCAUGCCGGAUUUAGUCGUGCGCUGAUCGAGGGGAUGCAGCGAUGGGGGGCUGAACGGGGGCAUCCACAAGAUUUUGAACUGGCUUAG